CUUCUCUCCCUGGUGUUAUCCCACCACUCUCUCUCUCUCUCUCUCUCUCUCUCGCGUUGGUCGCCGGAGCCAUCGCCGCUUCUCCAUCUCGAUAAGGAGUCGUCGGGAGAGAGCCAUUGGGAUCAAGGAGCAUUUGGGAGGAGGAAUCAAAGGAAGAGCUAUGGUUCUGGUGAUGGAGUUCCGACUCAAAUCAAUGCCACACUUGCCAAGUUGUCAGUAUAGCUUUCUUAUCAAGAGAAGUGAUUCAAAAAGGAGUAGGCCAUUCAAUAUUGUUUCUUUAGCUUCAAAAGGGAAGGGGUUUGGGCGCCAACCUGCCAAGAAAGAGAAGAAUAAAAAUGUAAAUCUAACAAAAGAGACUGACACUGCUGCAUCGGAAGCAAGAAAACUUGCUCCAGAAGAAGAUAAGACAAGAGCUAGAGAAGCACCUUAUCUAAUGAGUGGCAUAGAGAGAAAGUUCAGUGAUGUCUCUGAUCAACGUUUCAAUGAGAAACUGGAAGCAGUAAGAAGGUCUGCACUUGAGCAGAAGAAAAGGGAAGAAAACAAAAUUUAUCAAGCAAUUGACUAUGAUGCACCUAUUGAAUCUGAGCAAGGUACUAUUGGGCUUGGUACAAAGGUGGGAGUUGGAAUAGCUGUUGUUGUUUUUGGGUUGGUUUUUGCACUUGGAGACUUCAUUCCCUCUGGAAGUGUUGGGCCGACACUGCAGUCUUCAAUUGUUGAUAAAAAACUUACAGAUGAAGAGAAAGCAGCUCUCCAGACGAGACUUCGACAAUAUGAGGCAACACUUGGCACGACACCUUCAGAUCCUACUGCUCUUGAAGGUGCAGCUGUGACUUUGGUAGAAUUAGGAUCAUAUGAUCGAGCAUCAUCUUUGCUCGAGAAACUUACCAAGGAAAGGCCUGAUGAUGCUGAAGCAUUUCGUUUACUAGGGGAAGUUAAGUAUGAGCUCAAGGAUUAUGAAGGGAGUGCUGCAGCCUACAGGAGUUCUUUAUCAGCUUCUCGUAGUGUGGAUUUUGACGUUCUUCGUGGACUUACAAAUGCGUUACUUGCUGAUAAGAAACCUGAUGAGGCAGUUCAGUUCCUUCUCUCGGCUCGGCAAAAUCUGAACACACAGGACCCAAAUCAAACCGAUGGCUCAAUGGAAUCACAGAAAGUUGAUCCAAUUCAAGUUGAAUUGCUUCUUGGGAAGGCUUACUCUGACUGGGGCCAUGUCAGUGACGCGGUUGCUGUAUAUGAUCAGCUAAUAUCUGCUCAUCCCAAUGACUUCCGAGGCUAUUUGGCAAAGGGAAUCAUUCUGAAGGAAAAUGGUAAAGUUGGUGACGCUGAAAGGAUGUUCAUCCAAGCUAGGUUCUUUGCUCCUGACAAAGCAAAGGCACUUGUAGAUCAAUAUUCUCGGUAAAAUGGCUAUUGACAAGAAAAAGUAAAUAGAGGGGUAGUUUUGUAUGCAUUUUAUUGGAAUGUGCCGAGAUUUUUCAAAUGUAUCUAUCAUACAAGCAUUUUAUUUGUGGAACUUUGCUCAGGGAAUUUUUGUAUUCUGUGAUAGAGAAAUACUGAACUGAAUUGAGAAAAGAGAAAUGCAUAACUGAAGUGUUUCUUUCC